AUGAUUACUUGUAAAUUCCUCGGUCAGUCUCUUACACCUGGAGAGGUAGAUCAGUCUCAUGAAGUUCAAUCUAGACUGCGCAGUUCGCGAAUAAUUGCCUCAUCCGCUUCUGGGGCCUGCAGUCUAAAGCUUCGACCAAGAAUUGGAGUCUCCGCAUCUGCAAACGUAGUUGCCGGGGUUGGAAUUUCUGGAAGGGCCGAUUGUAGCACGGCCAGCGAACCCGGCAGUGGUUCAUCUACUGGCUGCUGGCGCCGUCCUGCUGGCAGUGCGGAGCAGCCACGCGAAGUAAUGCUGCUGCAACUCGCAAGCUUAUUUUUUACACAUUGCCAUUCAAGGCUGAUGGAGUUCGGUGAAAGACAGCGUGCGAAUGAGCUAUUAGAUGCCAAAUCUCACACAAUAGUAACGGGAGAUUGA